AUGGGUCGGAGCGGGUACGAUACCACGGCUCUGGGAGGACUUGCAAAGACGAAGAAGCCGAGACCUGCUGGUACUAGCACCAGUACCAGUACUGGUGGUGGUGGUGUUACCCAGGCCAAUAUGGCCGUUCAGAAUGACGGCGGCGAUUACGGUGCCUCGGCUCAGCGGGCGAUGAUGCAGCGGCAGAUGCAGCGGCAGAUGCAGAUGCAGAUGCAGAUGCAGAUGGCGCAACAGCAGCAACAACAACAACAUUCGCAGACGGGAGGAUGGCACGGCGCAGAGUCGAGUUCUUCUGCUUCCGCAUCGGCAUCGGCUUCGAGUAAGAAUCGGGCUGGGGGCGGUGAUGGCGGGGCUGCGGCCAAGAGGUAG